AAUGAUUCUUUGAGUAACAUGUUCAAAUCUACUACUACAAGAGAGUCUGCGAGUAAAAUCUAUAAGCUACCUCCAUCAAUUCAAAAGAUUAGUGGUGCUAGUACAGAGGAUCCCAAGAAUAUUCCUUCAAUGUACCAUUACAACCCUUCUUAUAAAAUGGUUGAUAGCAAAAUUAAAGGAGGUGUGAAGUAUAAACUUAAUCUUAGCGUAAAUAAAGUGCUACAAAAGAAAAAGGAGAUUCUCUUGAAUCAUACCACAAAUUUGAAGAAGAAGCUUGCUAUCAAGGAUACAAGAACUAAUUACAUCAACAGCAUAGUUACCAAGUUUAAGAAGUGUAAAAAGAACUAUGCUGAAGAAGAGCAGAGAAAUCAGGCAAAAAAAAAUUUUGCCAGAAGAAAUUCUAUAUUACUUGUCAAUGGUAGUGAUUCUGAACCAAUGAGAGCAAAUAGUUUAUCCAAGGUUAAUAUCCACAGAAACUCAGGGAUAAAGGAAAAUGCUAAAGCAGAUAUGGAUUUGCAGAGAAUGAAUUCCCUCUCUGGGCUAGUAUCAAGCUAUCGAGCAGCAACUGAAGUAUCUCAUAAACCCAUUAGCAGAAAAUUAUUAAGCAAUAAAUCCCGAGUUGAUGAAGAUAUCGUCAGAUGGUGCUUUAGAAAAGUGAAUUGCUCUUUCGAUGAAGAGCUUAAUCCGUAUGAUCUUAAAAUGAAGCUCUUUAAGCCCUCCGAAGAAAGUAUUUCAACAAGGCAAAGAUGCAAAAGUGUUACUCCAUUUGACAAGCAAUCAAAUAGACUUCCUUUAAGAGCAGAUAUGGACUGUAAUGAAAAGAGAUUUGAAGUUAAUACUUCAAAUAUAAAUGUAUUAUCUAGUGGGAGAAAAUCCCCAUCUCCAAAUUUCAACAAAUAUACCAGCAGAAAGGACAUUAUUGAGCCACCGAUUAAUAUGCACACGUAUGAUGCAAACUAUGAAUACUCCAAGCGCUCAUUAGGUAAAGUACCUGACUUUAAAAGGUAUAUUUCAAGACCUUCACAAGAGAAGGAAAUACUAUGUCAAGAGGCAUACAAACCCUUGGAUGAAAUCUUUAGUUCUCUGAAAAAGAAAGACAAGACCGUUCCUUUCAAGCAUCAAAGACCCAGAGAUGAUUUGAUGUACAAACAUGAGAACAUCUCACGCCAAGGUAGGAAAAGCAUUCUGGAUGGCGCUUCUCUCAGAGCGAGAAAGAUAAAUUUCUAGUUUUAUUCAAUAUUAUCAUCUCAAAAA